CAUCACCACUCUCGCAUGAUCUCCCACCCUCCUCGCACUACCUUAUCUUCGUUAUAGUGCUCAAGUUGAGUUAUUCUUUACUGUUUUUGAGGAGGAGGAGGAGGAACUGCGAGAGAUGGCAGGCUUAUCUUUACAUCAUCCUUGGGCUUUCACCUUUGGAAUUCUAGGUAUUUACAUUUAUUCAUAUAUAUCGAUCUUAAUCUUCCUCAUUUGACAACACAUAACUUGAGUCUGAUCAUUAACAGGUAACAUCAUUUCCUUCAUGGUAUACCUAGCACCACUGCCUACGUUCUACAGAGUGUACAGGAAGAAAUCCACAGAAGGAUUUCAAUCGGUGCCUUACGUGGUUGCUCUUUUCAGUGCCAUGCUAUGGAUCUUCUACGCCCUCCUCAAAACCAACGCGUACCUUUUGAUCACCAUCAACUCCUUCGGCUGUGUCAUCGAGACCAUCUACGUCCUCGUCUACUUGUUCUACGCCACCAAGGAUACAAAAGUAUACACUGUCAAACUCGUCGUGAUUUUGAACGUGGGCACCUUCGGCUUGAUCCUUCUCUUGACUCUGCUUCUGGCAGAGGGCUCGAGAAGAGUUCAAAUUCUAGGGUGGAUCUGCGUUGGCUUCUCGAUCAGCGUCUUCGCUGCUCCCCUCAGCAUCAUUAGGCUCGUCGUCAGGACAAAGAGCGUGGAGUUCAUGCCAUUCUCGCUCUCCUUCUUCCUCACGCUGAGCGCCGUAGUCUGGUUCUCGUACGGUUUGUUGAGCAAGGACAUCUACGUUGCGUUACCGAACGUCUUGGGGUUUAUCUUCGGCAUCCUUCAAAUGGCGCUCUACCUAAUCUACAAGGACACGAAGAAGGUAAUCGAGCCGGUGCCAGAGCACGUCAUAGCCAUCGCCAAGCUCGGCGGCGCCGUGGAAAUCUACACGAUCGACUCUGCGCCGGCGACGGAUGUCGGCGAGGCAGCGGGGCUAGCCGAGCAGGAGGAGGUUGAUGAAAAGGAGAAGAAAGAGGUGAAGAAGCUUGAAGUCUGAUGACUGAAGAAAUAAUGCUAAAGAACUACUGCUAAUCCAUAUAUAAACCGCCAAUUGGGAAGCUGAUGGGAAAUGGUGUUGCGCUGCGGUACAUGCACCUGCAGACGCACCAACAUUAAGAAGCAAGAAAUAGAAACUCUGUCCUCUCA